ACUCGGGGCACAGCUCCUUUGCCGUACCCAGCGCAGGCAGACGGGGCUCCCGUCGGCUCCAGGCAGUGCACCAUGAAGACGUCAGUUGUGUUUUUGCUCUGCCUCUCGGUUUUCCCAGGCUUUUCCCAGGGCAGAGUUGUCGGAAGGGAUGAAGCUGGGUUUGCUGAGUGUAACGUGUUCUUCCCUGGACAAGUCCCACCCGAAGGGUUUACACAGCCGUUCCACGUGAAAAUCUGUCAGCAGUACAACAAAGAGCCGCGCUUUGCAACCCUCUACAGCACUAAGGACAAAAUCCCUCUUUAUUCAGCUUUUAAGUACACAAAGCCAGCCCAAAGCGAGGAGGAGAGCUGGCUGGUGGAACCGCAGAUAGAUGACCCAGAAAAUGACCUGCAGGAGAUGGUGCAUGAAGCUGAUGUUGCUGGCACUGUGGCCAACCUCGGUGCAAACCAAGCCCUGACCUCAGACUAUGUGGGCUCUGGCUAUGAGAGAGGGCUGCUCAAUCCCAGCCUGCUCAAUGAGGAGGAUUUCCAGAUGGCCACUUACACGCUCACAAACGCCGUCCCUCUGAGCCCAUCUCUGAGCAAAAGCUGGCACAGAGACAUUGGGAGGGUGGUGGAGCAAGCUCUGGUCCCUCACUGCUCCAAGAAGGAUCACCUGUAUCUCCUUGCAGGGGCAAUUCCUUCCCGUGCCCGGGUUAAAGGCAAGCUGUCGGUGCCAGAGACGCUGUGGCUGGCAGCCUGCUGCGAUGAUCCGGAGGGAUGGUCCCUGGGAAUAGUGAAAACCACGAAUGAUGACAGCAGCUUCGCAGACCUCACAGUGAGAGAGCUGGAGAAGGAGCUUCUAGUAGGAGUUCACUUGUUCAAGGGCAGCUGUGGGGAGGACAACCAAAGCCAGGAGAAAACAAGAGCAAUACUGCAAGCUGUCAGCCAGAUCCGCUCUGGAGAGCAAGUGAGAGCAAGUGACAGCCAGGAUGCCACGGAGAGGGGGUUGGUGAGGAGAGUGGCUGGCAUCAUCGCUGCCCCUUUCAUCAAACUUCUGGAACUCCUCAUCUACGUGUUUGUGGAGCUGGUGAAAUUCGUGUUUUAUUUUCUGUGGCUUGUUAUCAAGCGGGUUUGUGGUACAGUUCUGGAUGGAGUCUGCAACCUGUGGAACGGGGUGGUGUCCUACCUUAAAAACAUCACCAUGGUGCUCAUCAGCAUUCCUUAUGAUGUGGGGAGGGUCAUCGUCAACAUCUUCAUGGGCUUCCUGCAAAUUGUUGAAGAUGUGGCAUCCCUCACCUACAGGAUCCUGCGCAUCCCCGUGGGGUUUGUCCUUCACCUCGCUGCUUUCCCUUACCACUCCAUCUGUGCCAUUCCCUCUGUCCUCAAAGACAUGGCCAACGGGAUCGGGGGCACCUUCUCGCUGGUCAUUGAUGCCACAGCCACCAUCCUGCACGGCUUCUGUUACCUGGCUGGUCACAUAGUCAAACGGUUUGUCCCUAAGGCCUCCUCUGAUGACUGA